AUGGUCUCCGCCAGGAAGCGUGGAAGGCAGGAGAUGGAAGCCAGUGAGCUUCCAAAGGAACCAAGUAUGAUUGAUCAACUUCGAAAUAUGUGGGAAUUUGCAAAUCUUGCGCAAUGGAUUUUCAUUUUUGGCAGGACGGUCAAAAUCGAUGAGAAUAUUGGAAUCGAGGAACUGGAGAUGGAAUGUUCCAAAACACACUCGACUGUUCUUCCAGAGAUUGGUCUUGCUCUAUUGAAGUUUGUUUCUGCUCAUCGAGGACUCACUCCUGAGAUUUUCGAUGAAUAUACAAGAAGGCAAUAUGUUGCCAAAGCACCCGAGCGCAAUCCAUUUGGUACCGAAGAGGAACCCGCCAAGUUCACAGAAUUCGAUGCUUUUACUAAGAUUCGAGUUUUACAGCAACUUACUCAAUGGGUCAUGAUCAGUCCAGACCGCAUUCGUGAGAGGAUGGAAGAAUCCAAGGACAUCGAACAGACCUCUUGGCGCAUCGAACCUUGUGGAUGGGACUCGGAUGAUCGCGAAUACUUUGUGCUAGAUGACAAUCGAUUAUAUCGUCGUACUGAAGCUCCACCACCUCCUCCUCCAGCUGCAAGUUACAAGAAGAAUUCUAAGAAAGGCAAAGCAGCUGCAAGGGCAAGCAAGCGGAGGAAGACAACAGACACAAUCGACAGUGAAGCCGAAGCAUCGGUAGAAGCACCGGUAGAAGAAAAGGUGGACGAUGGGUUUGGAGGCGCAAAAUGGGAAUGCAUUGCUGUUUCAUUUGAAGAGUUUACCGCAUUCGCAGCGUCAAUGGAGAAAACUCGGGAUCCAAAUGAGAAGAUAUUACGAAAACGCAUCGUCGAUGAUGUAUUACCACUAUUGGAAAAGCAAGAAGAAGCUCGAAAGCGCAAAGAAGCACAGAAGCAGCGCGAGUUGAUCAACAUCGAAAAAUUGGCUACAGCCAAGAGAUCUAGUAGAAUCGCUGGUAAGAUGGAGCAACAGAAGCAGGAAGAAGAAACCAGAGAGGCGGAACGCAAGAAGCAACAAGAUUUAGCAAUGGCAAAGAAAGAACAACAAAAAUGGCUUAAGCUAGAGAAAGAAAGAGAAUCACGAAUGAUGACUAGGGAACAGCGAGUAAAGGAGAGAGAAGCACGCCGCAUCCUCCAUGAAGACGAAUUGGCCAAUCUUUCUGAGGAUAGUAGGAAGGUUGGAUCCGGCGAAGGCCGUCUCUCGGAACGUCAUCUAAAGGCCGAAAUUGAAAAGAAGAAGCAGGCGCUCGAACAACUUAACGAGGAAGAUGACUGGAUCUUUGACUGUAUCUGUGGCGCUUAUGGGCAGAUUGACGAUGGGACCCAUAGUAUUGCAUGCGAAACAUGCAAUAUUUGGCAGCACAGUAAGUGCGUUGGAGUCAGUGAAGCUGAGGCUGAUAGCGAGGACUUUGAGUUCAUAUGCACGACUUGUAAACGUCGUGCUGAGGAAGCAGAGAAGGCCAAAACUCACCCACCAAAGAAGAUUAAGCUUGGUCGACCUGGAUCUUCUUCCUCCUUAGUGCCACCAAAACAAAAUGGCGUUCCAAGUUUGGAUGAUGGAGCGAUGCCAAGCGGUAGGCUAUCAUCAACUCCAGCUUCACCACAAAAGGCAGCACCUCAACUACAUCUAUUUUCUACUACAAAUGGAGCACAUAAAUCAGCACAAUCAGCAAAGGGUUCUUCACCUCGGUCACAGAAUAAACCGCCACCUAUUCUACCACCAAAGUUCACCAACAGGAAUGAGCGCGCAGGCUCUCCCAUCGGCAAAUCCGAUAUUAGACCGUCGAUUGAAAUCCCCGUCGGGGAAAGUCCAUCUCUAUCACGAUACAAUGGUUUGGGCAACAAUAAUCCUUUUUCCUCUCCCGCUCCUCACAGUCCAACUUCUCUCCCACCCCCAAAGAAUUUGACUACCAAUGGCGCGGCUCGCUCGCCAAUAUCUUCACCAAUCCAACAGCAUGCGGAUUUACCAAGUCUCAAAAAUAAUGGAGAUGUGCCAGUUCAACCCCUCAAUGGGUUCCACAAAGAGCACAACGAUCGUCGUAGUUCAUUCAACUUUUCAUCCCCUCUUGCAGGAGUUCCCGUAUUGACACCCUCUCAAAAGAAUGGACCGAUACCAAGUUCAUCGUUUGAACACAAUGGGCAUGCCGCAACGCCAAGUGGAGCCUCACGGUUUACUAUGAUAACUGCAUCAUCCCCAGGAUUAGAUCAAGAUCCACUUGACCCAGGUCAUGCGUCGGCUCUUCCAUCUUCGAUCAGUGGAAUUUCUCCUACAAAACAUUCUCCCCCGCGUCCAGCAUCAAAUGGCUCAACAACCCCCGCCAUUCUCCCCCCAGUUGCUCCAUUAUCGCCGAGUCCACGAUCACAGAAUCUUGCUCCACCUGUAAAGCCUUCAGAGCCACAAUUGAGUCAAAAUACAGCUCACUAA